AGCAAUCUUUUGUCACAUUUCUUAAGCUUUUUCAUGUCUGUCAGCAAAAUUUUAUUGUCGAGCAUUUUCUUAGUUUCAUGUUGUGAGCUAAAAAUUGUGUAUUUCCAUGUCGAUCGGAGUUAAUUUACGCGUUACUUAUCAUACCUCGAUAGGAGGUCGCAAGUAUCAAGAGGAUUUUUUCUCCGUUGCCUACCAGGAAACCGAACACGAUGGAAGUUUACAAUUCGCAUUUUUUGGGAUUUACGACGGACAUGGUGGAGCUGAGGCUUCGCUCUACGCAAAGGAACACUUGAUGGAUACAAUCGUUAGCCAGAAAUUGUUCUGGUCGGAAAACGAUGACGAUGUUUUGAGAGCGAUUCGCGAGGGCUACAUUCAGACCCAUUAUUCGAUGUGGCGUGAGCAAGAAAAAUGGCCGAAGACUUCUUCUGGUUUGCCGAGCACAGCUGGAACUACGGCCAGUAUUGCAUUUAUCAGACGGGGUAAGAUCUACGUAGGCCACGUAGGCGACUCGGCGAUCGUGCUAGGUUACCAAAAAGAAAAGAAACCAAUUUGUGAGGAGGAUAGCAGCAAAUGGGGCGCAACACUUUUGACGGUGGACCACAAACCUGAGACCUAUGCGGAAAAGAUGCGAAUCAUGAGUUGCGGAGGUAAAGUUAUCACCAAAUCUGGUGUACCGAGAGUGGUUUGGAAUCGGCCCAGGAUUGGCCAUAAAGGCCCUGUCCGGAGAAGUACACCUAUCGACGAAAUACCAUUUCUAGCAGUAGCCCGCAGUUUGGGGGACCUGUGGAGUUAUAACUCGGUGAUGAACGAAUUUGUCGUUAGUCCUGAUCCUGAUGUGUCAGUAAUUGAGAUUGAUCCUAAGAAGUACAGGUGUCUCAUAUUUGGUACGGACGGUCUGUGGAACGUUAUGUCACCAAAAAACGCAGUGGAAAUCGUACAAGCUACUGAGAUGGAGAACGUUCGUAUUGCCUUAGAGGGUGGCCGUGAUUGGAAGAAUCCCAGCAAACUUCUAGUAGACGAAGCUCUACAACGAUGGAGUAAGAGCAAUAUGAAGGCGGAUAACACAUCAGUAGUGAUCAUUAUGCUUGAUCCUCCCGGACCUAGAAAACUAGACAUGACAUGCUCGAUGAGAACGUCAACACAACCAGUUGAGUGUGAAGUCAUAUGUACGCAACCUAAUGUGUCUUUAUUUGACCAUGCGAGUCGCGAGUUAAUUGAUAUCUCACAGGUAACAUGUCAAGCUUCGUCAAAUCAUAAUAAUGAAAAUCUACAGCAUCACUCAUAUUUCGAAUCUGCGACACCUGCUUCAUAUCAAGACAUUACGUAUACGGAAGGAUUCGAUGAAUCGUAUAACUCAUUUCUCAAUAUAAGUUUUAACAAUGAGCAUUCGUACACCAACUAUGCGAGUGCAAAUGGUACACAGCAAUACACCAUGCAACAGUACCAUAAUCGCCAACCACAACAACAUGACGAUGUUGAAGGCUGUACAACGAUUCGUUCAGACGAAAAUGAUGAGCACAAUCGAACAAACUUUGAAGAUACUUAUUCAUUGACAAAUCUUCGGACUAAAUCUGAACGAGUUCUUUCCGAUUCGAUGCAAGCGUCUGCAUCAUCGUUAUCAUCUCCUUUGUACGCACAACAGGAGCAUACAGGGAAUGUUAUAUUAAUCGAAAACUUUCAUGGUUACUCACUGACACAUAUGUCACCCCGUCCCAACCAACAAUCGUAUGUCAACAGUCAGUAUCACCACACUUCCUAUCAUCAAAGGUACGACGAACCGAUAGACCGAUAUGAUUACUAUAAUCAUCACUACGAAGAACAAAUUGGCUGCAGUUACAGUCAAAGCUAUUCGUCGCGUAAUUUAUCAGAACAUAACUAUCAACGUAAUGCUGACGAAUAUCCAUAUCUUGAAAAAGAAACUGAUUCACCCGUUGUUGUGGAAACUAUUGGUGUGGCAGAAUCCGUUGAAAACGUGUGUUACGUUACGUCCCCCGCCGUAGAAAACGUUACAGUCGAUCCACCGGAAGUAUCGUGCGGUGAGUCCCAGCAACAGCAACAUCAUAGUUGGCCGGUAAACCGUUCCGAAAAUCGAGAUGAACAAGAUGGGGCAGGUAUCCAAAUCAAUGAGAUAUCAUCCUCCGAUCUGAACACGUUAUCUACGACGCAUAAAACCAUAUCGCAAAGCAGCAUCAAUCGAAUAGAGGGCGACAUCGAACUGGAAGCAACAUCUUCAAAUGUUAUUUGUAUGUCUGCCGAAGUUUGUUCCACUGCGAGUAACACUGCCCGAAUAGAGCGAAAAAAAAGAAAAUCCGGUAAAUCUUUCAAAAAUAUGGUGAAAAUCGUUUACGAAACCCGCAGCAAUCAGAGGUCCCAUCGAACGAAAGCCCAACAGGAGAACUUCAACAGUAAAACGAUCCGAAAGAAGUUUACCAAGUUUCUACGGAAAAACGCAACGGUUCGGAGUGUUCUCGGUUUCAAAAAAUCUAGCAAAUCCGGCAACUUCAGUUCUAUGGAUAACAGUGGCGCCGAUGCCAGUAGUAACAGUAUAAAUACAAAAGGUGCCAGAGAGCAAACCUGCGUGGAGAAACGUGUAUUACGGUCCAUGGACCAGAUUAAAGUUCGGACGUGUCGAACAGUCGAAAGUACCAGUCCGAUUGACGUGAGAAAUCACGCCGCCAUUCAGCAAAAAUCGAAUCAACCCGCAACCGAAACUGUGCGUAAAAUAUCCAAACGACAGAUUUUACUGCGAAAAGUUACAUUGGAUGCGAAACGGGUAAGACGCUGAUGAUGAUGACGAUGAUGAUGGUAACGAUCCAAAGAAUGGGCUAUGAAAAGGUCGUUAUUAUCUUCAAUAGCUACAUUUGAAAACGACUGAAAUGUAAUAAGUUUGGAAGGUAUAUGUAUAUUGUGUGUGUGUGCUUUAAGAGGACCUUUUCUCCCCGCGGACUAGAACACACCAAAAAGGCCAUGAAAUUCUGCACCAGGCAGGGCGUGUACAGACUUCAAAAUGGGAAAUUUCCAUCUUUUAUCGCAUGUGAUAGCUAUAUGACAACUGUUAUUCUUCAAAUGAAAUCCACGGACCUUUUCGAAUCCACUGGGUGUAUUUCAAAAACCCAACAAACUGCCUGCGAGGAAAAGAGUUGUUUUAAAUGUAUUGUUUUCUUUUAAUGAUUCGUACAAAUUUCAUCCACUGAUCAUCACCACGGACAGAUCAAUGUUCCACAUAUGUAUAAAAAAUGUCUCGCGUAGCAAAAGUGUUGCAUAUAUACUUAUAUAGUUAGGGCUUACCGUUUCGAUCUUACAUUUAGUCUAUAGUAUGUGCGUGUGUGUAAUUUUCUCUCUCCGGAACAUUAGUAGGUUUUCCGUUUCAAUAUAAGCGGUGUAAUUUCGGUAUAUAAAUUAAAUUAAUUAGAAAAUGCACCUUUCUAUCGUAGUUUGUGACGAAUAAGAGCAAAUUUACUUUGAAAAGUGCCUAUAAGACAUGUAACAAUGUCUUUCACAAGUUAUCCAGUUUUUUUUGCAGAUUGUAUGAUUUAUUGGAUGCAUCUACUUCGUGAUAGAUUAUAUUAUGUAUGAUGUAAGUAGCAUAAUUGUGUAUCUGUCUAGGGUCAGUGUGGAUGUAAAUAGAAGAGUUUGCUUAUAAAUAACGUAUAGUAAUGAACGUUAAAAAUACCUAGAAGAAACUCGAUUGCAUGUACAAAUGAUGUGAAAUGUAGUAUAUAUUUUUGAAACAAUAAAGCAUAUUGCUCACAAAAGA